AUGAAGCCUUUCUUUGAAGAUGACUCUCACACCAGUCAGGAGCACAAUCAUCAUAACAAGUUGAGAAAUGAUCAUGACUAUUCAGGUUUCAUAUGGGAGGAGAGGCAGCUGAUGAAUUGGUUGAAGGAUGUUUGGAAUGAGCAUGAAAAAUUGUCAUCAUCACCGGGAGAGGAUGAAUCCGAUCCUAACCAUACUCUUCCAUCAUCAACGAACAAUUUUGAGAGUAUCCGUGGUGGGAGAAAAAUCAUCAUGAACAAGAGGAGCGUUCAAAAUCAACAAUUAAUAUCGGAGUGGAAUAGACAAGUUGCAAAAUUUAAUCUCUUGUUUCCAUGCUCGGAAUCAGCCAUUCAUGAGCAACAAGUUUGUUUGAAUAUGCUGAAAAGGAUGUAUUAUGAGAAAAGUCAUUUGAAAAGUAAUACGUGUAACAUUGAUUUUCUUAGCAAUUGUUUCAAUAAUUUAUUUGUCCCUUUAAGAUAUAUGCGAUUGGAUAGUACUUGCUGUUGUAAAGACUAUUUUUCUGCUGAAACAUAUCCCCAAAUUAGAACUUUUGACUUUCCUACAUUCCUUAAUUAUGAAAUGGAGUAUAACAGUGAUUCACUACUUGGAUUUUUUGGUUCAGCACAAUUGCUUGGUGACGUGUUGGACACAAUAUUUGACGAAUGGGAAACGUUGGAGACCUCAAAGAAAUCCUAUGGCCCUUAUAGCUGGGCUCCUCUCUCGAGAAAAAUUAACGUACUCAUGACACAAGGAGAGUACAAUGAAAGUAUACCUGAACCCCCGUCUGUUGAAAACUCCUCUUGUGUCAUGCGAGAGCCCGUAUGGAGAGUUUUUAGGGAUGAACGUGGCGAGAUUUGUUGUAUUUUGUCGAAUGACUUUCGACUGAUGGAAAUAGAAUAUUUUUGCUUACUUUUGACUAAGUACCUUCCUUAUGAUAAAUUACAUAUUCAACAAUUGUUACUGACAAGCUCAGUUCACAGGAGGAACUUGUAUGGCGAGUGGGAGGAAAGAAUUUCGAACAUGUCAACAGUUCAACCGGAGAGUACUUGGCUUUCGUACAUGAUCACACUAUGUGAAUACUUGUUUCCCAACUCUAAGAUAGAUAUCAUUUUGAGAAGAUCUCUAACCCUAUUGGAUGGCCUUCGAGCAAAAGUAUUUAAGCAAAAUCAUCAUGAAGAAUUCACUAUGUGCAUAGUACAAAUAACCCCCGAGUUGAUCUCUAAUACUUUAUCUAGUGAGGAAAUUCUACUAGCUAUCACCGCUGUUGAAAAUCUUAAUAGAUUUUUCGAACGCCAAAACUUUAAUGGACAUCCAAUGAACGUACUCAAUUGGAUCACCUGUGGACUUUUAAAAGAUUUGCACUUGGUAGAAAAUUGUACAUUGUUAGGUUCAAAACAGAAAGCCAUGAUCUUCCAGCAUGUGAGUGAGAAAAUUGACAAGUUUCGAAAGGACAAUAUUCCCUUUCGAUUUUCUCCAACUUUUUUUUUGAUAUACCUAGCUUCACAAGCAGCUUCAGAGAAUGUUCAACGUGAUGAACCACUUGUUCUGAAUAACGUUUUACAUCAACCAUCCUCGCUAGAUUUUAGGGAUUUUUCACCUCUUUCGUCAACGUUUGAAAAUUUAUUGACACUUGUAAAUUGUGGAGAUUCUUUUCUUUUUGGUGCGCUUCUUGAACACACUUUGGGGCCAACAAUCUACUCUGCACAACUUAAUCAAAUCGAAGAAUUUCACCAUUUAAAUAUUAUGUUACAAGAUCAUGUUGAAAUCAAGAAACAAAUCGAACGAGAGGUGGCAAUACAUUACAGCUCUGAUAUUCGAGAGUUGAUGAUAGAGAAUAGUUCUAGAGGAGAAGAUUUUCAUUUUCUUUGCACUCUAUUGAUUUGCUCGACGAAGCAACUGUUGCACAAUAGAAAGGACUUAACAAGGCCUACUUUCCAGAAAGCAUUUCCUGCGCUGUAUUCACCCACACUCAUGGAAAGUUUUGCAAAUUUAAGGCAGCCACAUCCUGUACUACUCAACACACAUUGCACAUCAACCCAUAGACGAUAUGUCACUCUAUUAGUUGAUUCAAAAACGGAUUAUACAUCCUUGUUAAGCAUGAGCGAUGAAGUUAUCAAUCAUGCCACACAAGAAGAUGAAUCGUCAAUGAUGACCUUAGAAUUAAUGAUUGAUAUGUUGAUUGAGAGACUUAUUUCAAUAUCUAUUCCCAUUUCUAACAAGAUUGAGCUGGUGUUUUUUGUCCUAAAGUAUGGAUUUAAGGCUCCUACACAUCCUUGUGGGUUGUUAAUGAUUGAAAAGUGCACACCAACUAUUCAAUCUUUAUUGAAAAUUGUGUUUGAACAAAUACAAGCAAAAGGUCUGAAAUAA